AUGUCGCAGACUAAGUCCACAUUUCUCUCGCGAGAGCCCCUGUUUCAGGAUUCCCAAGAAGCCAAGUGGAAGCGAUUAGUGAUAACGCAUUACAUCGAUCCCCACGGGGUCAAGAGAGAUUGGGAGUCUGCCGAGCGCCAGACAAGACCAAAAGACUCCCAGGUCGACGGGGUCAGCAUUGUCGCUCUUCUGAACAAACCGGGUGGUUGUGAGAUCCUUCUGGAGAAGCAAUAUCGGCCCCCAAUCGACCAGGUCGUCAUUGAGCUCCCGGCAGGAUUAAUCGAUGCAGGAGAGACAAUCGAGCAGACUGCGGUUCGAGAGUUGAAGGAAGAAACUGGGUAUAUUGGCGUGGCAAAUAGAACUAGUGGUAUCAUGUACAAUGAUCCGGGAUUCUGCAACGCUAAUCUCAACCUGGUCUAUGUUCAGGUUGACAUGUCUCUUCCAGAGAAUCAGAACCCCAAGCCGGAACUUGAGGAUAACGAGUUUAUUGAAUGUUUCACGGUGCCGGUGUCAGAUCUUUCUGCUGAGUUGCAGAAGCUGGAAAGCGAGGGGUAUGCGAUCGAUGCCCGGAUAGCAUCUAUUGCAGAGGGGAUUGAGAUUGCAAAGAGCUUGAAGCUCUGA